AUGCAAAAUCUGAUCAACCCAAGGCAUGUUUAUUUUGACGAGUACGUGGAAGUUGCAUUUGGGAUGAGACGAUUGACUCAUUUGCAAACAUUACCUUCGUUAACUUUAGAUAACGAAAGGAAUCAUGGAAUUGACGAGCUGGGUGGCUUAAACCAAUUAGAAGGUGAACUAAGUAGUAGAUUUUUGGAACAUGCGAGAGAGACAGAUGAAAUACAGGAAUCUAAUUUAGCUGGUCAAGCAAAUUACAAGGGUUGA